AUGACAAGCGAAAUAAAAAAUGCCCAAAAUUGGCUAAAAGAAAAAUACAAAGAUAAAAAUACUGAAAAAAUUAUUGAUAUUGGUAAAGGGAUAGAAUUUGAGGAAGGAGAAUUGAAAAUAGAAGAAUAUACAAAUCUAACCACUAUUAAACUUGGUGGUGGAAAGAAAAUAACCAAAUUAACUAUUACUAAUUGCCCAAACGUUGAAGAAAUUGAUGUCUAUGAUAACGAAAUUGCUCAAAUAAUAGCACUUAAAGAUGAUGAAAACUUAGAAGAUGAUCUAUCUAAGUUAAGUGGUUUACCUAAUUUAAAAAAGCUAAGAAUACAAAAUAAUCAAAUAAAAAAGCUUGAUGUUAGUGGCAAUAAAAAGUUAGGUUUUAUUAACUGUUUUGGUAAUGAAGAUUUAAAGAUUAUAGAAGAAACUACUAGCGAAGAGUUAGAUAAAAUAUUGAAAGAAAGUAUCAAAAAGGAAUUAGGAGAAGAUGCCUUGCAAGAAUUCAUAGCAGAAAUAGAAAUUCCUACUAAAAAUUUUUCAAUUUUAGACUUCGACUCCGAUGAAUAUUUUCUCAAUUGUUUUCUAAAAUCAAAGCAAAGCAAUUGGUUUGGUUAUUUUCCAACUGAAUAUUUUCUAACAAAUAAUCAAAAACUUUUAGCGGGUGAAUUAAGAAAAGAGAAUAUUGUCAAAGAAAUAGUAAAAGAACAAAGGGAUAUCACCCCUGAAUUAUCUUAUCGGCUUGGCUUAUAUUGA